AUGGAAAAAUUAAUAUAUUUAAAUGAAUACGCCAAAUUUUUUGAGUUUUCUAACAAGGGUGAAUUAUUACAUGAAGAUAAGUUACUAAAGAAUAAUAACACAGGACGUUCGAAGAAUGAUAAGUACUAUUCACAGAUGAAGAGAAAAAAUAAUGAUAUGUUAUCAUUGAAACUUAAUGAAAAAAAUAGUUCAAAAAAAAAAUUAAAUUUUUAUAAAGAGAAUAACAACAAGUAUAAAGUUAGUAAAAUAAUACACAAUAAAAAUGAAUACGUGCUCGUAAGUACUGUCCCUACGUCAUCCAAAUUACAUGUAACAACAUCAAAGGGUAAGAAUAAGUUAAAUCACAUGAGUAAUGAGAUAAUGAAAAGUUUUAGACAAAAUACGAAUAAUAAAUUCACCAAUAAUACUUAUGGAAAAAAAAUGUGUAUAUGUAAAAAAUGUUAUAUGAAUAGCAUACAAGAGCAAAUAAAAGAAAGAAAGAAAAGAACUACAGUUUAUACUCUUGAAUUCAAUAACUUAAUAAAUUAUGACCAUGAUCAUAUAUUAUAUCAGGAUAACAAAACAGAAGAAAACAAAACAAAGGAAUAUAUAUUGAUCGAUAUUAACAACAAUGGUUACGAAUAUAACACAGAGUGCAACGAAGGAGUGACGAGGAACGACUCAGAACAAAUAUCACGUAAAAGAUCUUUAUUUCCCUUUUUAAAUUUCUUUUUUAACUAG